UUCGGUCCGUCACCCUCUGCUCUUUCUGCUUCUCAGAGUCCGCAGCUGCUGAAGUCACACCCCUGAUUCUCUUAACUGCACCCCCUCACCCUAGUGUGCUGAUAGCCCCCUCCUCCCUGCACUUGCUCAAAGGUCUCCAGACAGAGGGCAAUGCAAGCAAGCUGGUGAAGGCCUUCCUCCUCUCCACCAUGGUCGACACUACCAAGUAUGUAGCGGCUGCCCAGCAUGAGGCAGAUUCCUCUGCUCUGGAAGAUGGGGCCAGCCCAGUGGCCGAGCAGGUAAAACUGAAGAAGGAGAUCUCACUACUUAACGGCGUGUCCCUGAUAGUGGGGAACAUGAUCGGCUCCGGCAUCUUUGUCUCCCCCAAAGGUGUACUCAUGUACAGUGCCUCUUUUGGCCUCUCGUUGGUCAUCUGGGCCGUUGGGGGCAUUUUCUCCGUCUUUGGGGCCCUUUGUUAUGCUGAACUGGGUACCACCAUUAAGAAAUCUGGGGCCAGUUACGCUUAUAUCCUGGAGGCCUUCGGAGGAUUUCUUGCCUUCAUCCGCCUCUGGACUUCUCUGCUCAUCAUUGAACCCACCAGCCAGGCCGUCAUUGCCAUCACCUUUGCCAACUACAUGGUGCAGCCCCUCUUCCCGAGCUGUGCUGCUCCCUAUGCUGCUGCCCGCCUGCUGGCUGCUGCCUGUAUCUGUCUCUUAACCUUCAUUAACUGUGCCUAUGUCAAGUGGGGAACCUUGGUCCAAGACAUUUUCACCUAUGCUAAAGUGUUGGCGCUGAUUGCUGUUAUCAUUGCAGGCGUUGUUACACUUGGCCAGGGAGCCACGAGUCACUUCGAGAAUUCCUUCGAGGGUUCAUCGUUUGCAAUGGGUGACAUCGCCCUGGCUCUCUACUCAGCUUUGUUCUCCUACUCGGGCUGGGACACCCUUAACUAUGUCACCGAAGAGAUCAGGAAUCCUGAGCGGAACCUGCCCCUCUCCAUUGGCAUUUCCAUGCCCAUCGUCACCAUCAUCUACCUCUUGACCAACGUGGCCUAUUACAGUGUGCUCGACAUGAAGGAUAUCCUGGCGAGUGAAGCUGUUGCUGUGACCUUUGCGGAUCGAAUUUUUGGAAUAUUCAACUGGACAAUUCCAGUGGCAGUUGCAUUAUCCUGCUUUGGUGGCCUCAAUGCUUCCAUUGUGGCUGCUUCUAGGCUUUUAUUUGUGGGCUCAAGAGAAGGCCACCUCCCUGAUGCCAUCUGUAUGAUUCAUGUUGAGCGGUUCACACCAGUGCCUUCUCUACUCUUCAAUGGCAUCUUGGCACUGGUCUACUUGUGUGUGGAGGACAUUUUCCAGCUCAUUAACUACUACAGCUUCAGCUACUGGUUCUUUGUGGGGCUUUCCAUCGUGGGUCAGCUUUAUCUACGCUGGAAGGAACCUGACCGGCCUCGCCCUCUCAAGCUCAGUCUUUUCUUCCCCAUUGUCUUCUGCCUCUGCACCAUCUUCCUGGUGGCCGUCCCACUUUACAGUGACACCAUCAACUCCCUCAUCGGCAUCGCCAUUGCCCUCUCAGGCUUGCCCUUCUACUUCCUCAUCGUCAGGGUCCCCGAGCACAAGCGACCUCUCUGCCUUCGCAGGAUCGUAGCCUCCACCACACGGUACCUCCAGAUCCUCUGCAUGUCAGUUGCUACAGAACUGGAUUUGGAAGAUGGAGAGAUGCCCAAACAACAAGGUCGCAAGUCUAAGUAGAGCUUGGAAUUCUGAGAUGUGGACAAAUGGGUGCUUCUUACGUCCCACUGGCCAGAACCUUUUUGGAGGUACUCCAUCCAGGAGCCCAGUCUCGGCAGCUUCAACUUUGAACUUGCUUUUGAGGGAUGAAAAAUAAUUUAUUUGUUUUGCUAUGUGUUGUUUCAGACUUCAUAAAGGGAUAAUGCAGACUGUGGCAGGAAGCAGGCCACUUCUGGGGCCUGGUUCUGGAGGUGCCUGGGUGUGCCUACCCACUCCUUUCCUUCACAGGGACCAACAAUGCUCCCCAAACUUGUCUCCUUUAGAGGGACACAAAACUGUCAGAGUUGCAAAACAAUAAAAAGGUUAUGUUCCUACAGUCUGAGUGACUUUCUUUACUUAGUGACUCUGGGUACUUAGCAGUUUAAAGACAGACUCGGAAAGUAAAUGAGUCAACUUCUCCCUCAGGAGCCAGCCGCCCAAAGGUUAUAAAGCCAAUUUUUAUAAAAACAUGUGAACUGCCGCACUACAAUGUUAUAAGUGUAAAAAGCUAGCGCAUAAGAACUUCCCCUUUUCUUGUGUGCUGCAUGUACAGAGGCCAGAAGACACUAGGUGUCCUGUCUGUCACUCUCCACCCUCUUCCCCAGAGACAGGGUCUCUCACUGAACCUGUCCCUAGCCCAAGUAAUCCUCCUGUCUCCACACCCCACAGAACUGGGAUUAGAGAAGUAAGAACAGGGCCACGCCCAGCUUCUCACAUGGGUGCUGGGGAUUUGAACUCUCACCUGCUGAGUCAUCCCCCCUUCAUUCUUCCAAAUCACCACUCAGAAUCCCAACACAUCUACUUCUUAAAGAAACUGUAUAGGUAAUCUUGGGGGGUAGGUCAGGAAACAUGGCUCAGGGCUGGAGAUGUAGGGUCAGUCCCCAGUACAAGAGACACACAGUCUUGCCUAUCAUCUCUACAGUGCAAACGCAGAUGCAGUGGGAGGCAGGUCUGAGCUUUGAAGCACAGGUUAAAACCCAAAGCUCCUUCCCA